CUUAACAAAUCAGACCAAAAAACUGUAAAACACUUUUCUCUUUCUGUCGCUUCCUUCUAAAUUUUCCAUUUCAAAACUUGAAACUCUUCUGAAAAACUCUCUCAUAAUUUCAGCUCCAUCAGCUGAACCAGACCCAAGAAUUUUUCUUUUUCUUUUUUUUUUUUUUUUCAUUUUGAAAAACCAAAUGCCUGAUUCCGAAACCACAGCUGCGUGACUUUAACACUCUCGUUCCGUUUCCCUUUUCCAUGGACUACAAUGUAACCGCUUUCACCAACCGCCAAGAAUCCGUUACCGGUGAUGGCGAUAAUGAUGAUUCCAAAACCUUUGAUCACGGCGGCGUUUGUGGUAGGAUAGGCGGUAGCAUUGCGGAGAGGAGGGCGGCAACGUGCGGGUUCAAGGCGGAGAGGAUAAGUACGGCGAGGUUCCGGACCUCCACUAGCCCUUUGGGCUCCCCAUCGGCUCGGUCGCCUUACCUUACUAUUCCUCCUGGGAUUAGCCCCGCUGCUUUACUGGAUUCUCCUAUUAUGUUGCCCAACGCUCAAGCAUCUCCAACCACUGGAACAUAUCCUGUACCACUGCUUAAUCAGGAUGGUCAAGUGCCAAAUCAUAGCAAUGGGGACAGAGGCGGCAAUAUAUUUUCUUCCUUUACCUCCAAGCCACAGAAUAUGGAUUCUCAGCUAAGCUUUUCUAGUUUAGAAGAUCAGGUUUCUUCCUCUUUCAAUCUCGUUCAGAAAGCUGAGGUUGAUUAUCAACCUCUUGUCCAUUUGGAUACCCCUUUGGAUUUUGAAUUUCCUGCAGAAUUUUCCAAAGAAGCUACUUCAAGGAGUUUUGCAGUAGAUUCAGCUGCUGAAGUCAAAGUUCUAAAUAACAUUGUGAAUGAUAAUGCUAACUUGGGAUUCCAUCCUUCUGAGUUGGCUAGCUAUCAAAUGUCUAUGCCGAAAGAGCCUCUUCAUGGACAAGAUGUCAGCACAAAUCUUUCAGAAGGUGAUCAGAUGGGGACAAACACUGCAGCGGGAACAGCAAGAACAUCAGAAGAUGGAUAUAAUUGGAGGAAAUAUGGACAGAAACAGGUAAAAGGUAGUGAAUAUCCAAGAAGCUACUAUAAAUGUACCCAUCCAAAUUGUCAGGUGAAGAAGAAGGUGGAGCGAUCACUUGAUGGCGAAAUUACUGAAAUCAUCUACAAGGGUGCCCAUAAUCACCCAAAGCCUCAGCCUUGUUGUCAGCCAUCUAUUGGGUCCACUUUAUCAUCUGAUGAAAUGUCAGAGAGUGCAGAAGGCAGUGGAACUUGUAUCAAAGUUGAAGGUGGUUUAAUUUGGAGAAAUGCCCAUGCAGGUUCAAAGGAUAUUAAGCUUGGAUCUGAUUGGAGAACUGAUGGUCUGGAAAGAACAUCCUCAACAUCCAUCGUAACUGAUCUUUCUGAUCCACUAUCAACUGCUCAAGGGAAAUCUGUUGGUGCAUUUGAAUCAGCUGAAACCCCAGAGUUUUCAUCAGCACUUGCUAGUCAUGAUGAUGAUAAUGAUGGUAGGGCUACCCAGGAUAUUAUAUCACUCUGUGAUGAUGCAGCUAAUGAUGAUGAGUCUGAGUCAAAAAGAAGGAAGACUGAGAGCUGCUUGACUGAGAUGAAUGUGGCUUCUGGGGCGCUCCGUGAACCAAGAGUCGUUGUGCAAAUAGAAAGUGAUGUGGACAUACUUGAUGAUGGCUAUCGUUGGAGGAAGUAUGGACAGAAGGUUGUCAAAGGAAACCCUAAUCCUAGGAGCUAUUACAAAUGCACAAGUCCUGGAUGUCCUGUGAGAAAGCAUGUGGAAAGAGCUUCCCAUAACCUAAAAUAUGUACUCACGACAUACGAUGGAAAACAUAAUCAUGCAGUUCCAGCAGCCAGAAGCAGCAGUCAUGUAAACUCAAAUGGUUGUACUUUACCCCCAACCGUGCCUAACACUCAAGCUGCCCUAGUAUUAUCCAGAAAUACCCAUGCUCUAAGGCCUGAAACACCAAUCCAAGAUAUUUCACCUCCUUUUGAUCAAAAGCCUGAAUUUAAAAAUGAAUAUGUGAGACCUAGUUUUCUUGGAGAUUUCAGCAAUGAGAUGAACCUUGGGGCAUCUUCUCUGGCUUCGGUGUACCAAAUGAAGUUUCCUUCCAUACAAAAUGCUGUUCCUUACAGCUCUUUUGGACUGAACCGAAACUGCAUUGGAGCUCAUUCAUCUGGCCCAAUUGCCUCGACAGUUCCAACUUUUCCAAUUUCAUUGCCAUUGAAUCUCCCAACAUCUGCAAAUCUAUCAUUGGCUGGUUUUGAUAUUAAUUAUGGUGCGAAAUCAAUUGGUCCAGCUCACUCUUUCCUUUUAGGGCAACAGUUAAAAGAGAAUGGUACAAGGUUCCAUGGGAUUAAAAAGGAGCUAAAAGGCCAAUGGAAAUUUUCCAUCCUAGAUCGCAUUUAUUUGCUUCUUGGUAGAGUCUGUAAGAUGUUGGGUUCUACUCAAGUUUCUCCAGAAUUAAAGGUUCUUUCUCAAGCUAUGUUGCUGAAUUAUCAUAUAUAGUUUUUCUCCUUCCUAUUUAUACCGUUUCUUAUACAAAUUUCUAACAAAUAUAUGUAUGUGAUCCUUUAUGAUUUUCCAUUUUAUGCAUAGAAACUAAAUAUUACAGGUUAAAAAUUGUUUGUAUCUUGAUGCUUUGUGCUUAAUUGUGAAAAUUGUUUCUUAAUGUUUUAUUAUUUAAUUGUUAUACUAUAGGAUUAUUUAAUUAAUGUCCCCACCCCACCCUACUAUAGGAUUGGGCUGUUCUCAAUUUCAAUCUCCAAGCACUAACACUCAUUUGACUUAUUUGAAGCAAGUGCUGUACAAACUAUCAUUAAUUUGAAUGCUCUCAUAUGGUAGACUUUGAAUUGAAAAUGAAUCUCCAUGCUUUGUGACGUAUUUUCCUGGGCAAUGUGGUAGGCCAUUGAAAAGCUUUAUAGCAGUAGAAAUUUUUUUUUUCUGUUAAGUUUAUUGAAGAAAUAGGUAUGGAGCUUGGCAUGGUUUGAAUCUAUCAGCUGUGUCUGGAUUCUUAUGUCUGUUUGCGAGUGAAGAUUGCUGAUAAGUAGGUGCAUGGAUGUUUAAAUGUAAUUAAUAUACCAUGUUAUAUCCUUGAAUGUCAUCAUUUGCACUUGCAAUUUUAAUUACUUUACUGAAGCUUAGUUAAGACUAGUGUACCAUGGCCAUUAUUCUUUUUUCGCAAAAUUUAAUGGGACGUGCAGUUUCCAUUUCCUAUUCGGUAUGGGAUUAAAUACACCCUAUCUAUUCUCUUAGAGAGCGUGACAUUGGGAUCAAGCUGUGUGUGAACUUGCCUAAAGGUUGCUUGCGGGAAUUGCGUAUUUACUGUCCAGUUUUUAACAGGCAUGGGAUUGGCUAUUUGUUUUGAGCUGAAGAA